GGGCCUGGUAGCCACCCGGAGUCCCGGAGGAGGACGACGGCGCGGGCUGCCCAGGGGUCGCCCCCAGACCCGUCCGGGGGACCGGCCGCAGGGAGGAGGAGGAGGAGGACAACUUCUCUGGCGGCCCGGUCGCCACCCAGGACCGGCCACUCGCCCACCCCCAACCCCCUCCCCUCCAUUCCGCCUCGCCGCCUCCCACUUCUCCGGGAACGACUUCAAAGCGCCGGAGCGGACCUUCCUCUCCACUCGCCCCCGCCGAUUCUCCCACCUGGAGACGAAGACUAAAACCGUGAGGAAAAGCUGCAAUUUGAGAAGACGUCAUGCUUUCUGCAACUCCCCUGUAUGGCAACGUACAUAGCUGGAUGAGCAAUGAAAGGGUCCGCAUGUGUGGAAUUAACGAAGAGAGGAAAAUUCCAGUAAACGAUGGCGAGGCCCCGAAAACCAGACUGGAACUGAGGGAAGAAAAUCACUUAAACCACAGCGUGGUGGAUGCCAGCCCAGCCCACCGCAUCGACGGUCUUGCCGCCCUGGGUAUGGACAGGACGGGGCUUAUCCGGGAAGGACUCCGAGUUCCCGGCAACAUCGUCUACUCAAGCCUGUGUGGCCUGGGCUCAGACAAGGGGCGGGAUGCGACCGGAGCCAUGGCCAGCCUCGGCUUUACCCCGGAAAGAAACCCCGAGAUGCCAUUCAAGACCAACCCUCCGGAGACGGCGGAGGCUCCUGCCGUCUCCGGGAAGCCCCCGAAUGGCUUCAACGCUAUAUACAAGACGCCCCCCGGAAUACAAAAAAGUUCGGUCUCCCCCGGGGAGACCCUCGGCUUGGACCGAGCCGCGAGCGACAAGCCGAGCUCGCUGAACAUCAACGGUGCUAGCUACCUGAGGCUCCCUUGGGUCCACCCAUACAUGGAGGGAGCCACCCCUGCCAUCUACCCGUUCCUCGACUCACCAAAUAAGUAUUCCUUGAACAUGUAUAAGGCAUUGCUACCUCAGCAGUCCUACAGCCUCCCCCAGCACCUGGCCUAUUCCCCCGUCUGCACCAAUGGCGAGCGGUUCCUCUACCUGCCCCCAUCUCACUACGUCGCCCCCCACAUCCCGUCCUCCCUGGCGUCGCCUAUGCGGCUCUCGGCCGCCUCAGCCUCCCCGGCCAUCCCCCCGCUGGUGCACUGCCCGGAGAAGGGCCUGCCAUGGAAGAUGGGUGUUGGCCCUGGGGCCCCUGUGGAGGCCCAUGCCUACCCCCACAUCCAGAGCGGCAAGCAACCCCGCGCCCCGCCCACCAAGGCACCCCCGGCGGCUGCCACCAACCUCCCGGCCGACCCGGCUCUCCUGCUGCCCCCAUCGCCCCGGCCCUCGCCCAGGGUGCACCUGCCGGCCCCCCAGCCGGGGGACGCCUACUCAGAGUUUCAUAAGCCGUUCGCCCGGAUCUCCACCUCCCCGUCUUCGGCCACCCUGCCCAAGCCCUAUGCGACUGUCGGCGGGGACUUCCCUCCUGCCCGGCCUCCCGGCGGCGGGAAGUUCCCCAAGCCCCAUGAGGCAGGAGGCGAGGGCGCCCAGGCCCCGCCCGGGCACCCGGGCCGGAAACCCGUGGCCCACGAGAGGAAGGACGGCCGCUCGCCCCCUCUCCUGGAGAAGCAGGCGGCUACCAAAGAUGUCACGGACAAGCCGCUGGACUUGUCGUCCAAAGUGGUGGACGCGGAGACCGUGAAGCCAGACCAUGGAAAGAAGAUGGCCCCCAUUGGGCUGGGCCACGGACGGCCCGGGGGUGGGCUGGUACUCCCGGGGGCCGACGUGCCCAAGGAGAGCUUGUCUCCGUCUGGGAACGGCUGCGCUCUUUACAGGCCCGACAUCAUCAGCACGGCCCCCUCCUCCUGGGUGGUGCCUGGGCCUGGCCCCAACGAAGACCUGAGUGGUGGCGGGAAGAGCGGGCCACUGAAGAACAAGGCAUUGGACUGGGUCAUCCCCCAGCAGAGGAGCUCCUCCUGCCCCCGCAUGGGGGGCGCCGAGGCGCUCGUGGGCAACCUGGGAGGGGCCAUGCCCGGGGCUGGCCGCCCCGCCUCGGCCUCACCUGCCCCCAACGCCAACGCGGACUGCGGCAAAGCUGGCCGGGGCACCCUGGACCCAACCCCUUCCGUCAUCCAGCACGUGGGACAGCCCCCGCCGCCAGGCGCCAAGCCUGGCAUCAAGGCCGGCAAGGCGAGCAAUCCUGAGCCCGGCUUCAAGGCCGGAGAGGGCGGCCUCCCCCCGGGCUCCAUCUUCCUCCCGCCCAAUGAGGCCUUCCGGUCGCCCCCGCUCCCCUACCCCCGGAGCUACCUUCCGUACCCGGCCCCCGAGGGCCUCGCCAUCAGCCCCCUGUCUCUCCACCCCAAGGGGCCCGUCUACCCCCACCCAGUCCUCCUCCCCAACGGCAGCCUCUUCCCAGGCCACCUGGCCCCAAAACCCGGGAUCCCCUACAGCCUGCCCCCCGCCAGCCGGGCGGAGUUCCUCACCUACCAAGACGCCCUGGGCCUGGGCAUGGUCCACCCCAUGCUGCUGCCCCACACGCCGCUGGAUGUGGCCAAGGAGGAGAAAGCAGAGCGGCGGGCCCGGCCCCCCGAGCGGCCACGCUUCGAGGACCCGGCCCCCCGCCUCCGCUUUCCUGAGCUCCUGGAAGCCGGCAACACUAAGCUCCACUUUGAGGUCCCGGCGGACCCCGCCCCCAAAGCACACCAAAGCUCCGGUCAUGGGAAGGUCGCCCCCAAGGGCGACAAGCUGGUCUACGCUGACCUCCUGCGGGAGGAUCCGGACGCCAAAGGUGAGGCUGGCCUGGCCAAGGGUGGCGGGCCGGUGGGCGAGCCUGCCAGGCACCCCGGGGAGCCGGCCCUGCAGCCCCGGGACCUGAUCGUGAUGAGGGAGGACUACGGGCGGUGCAGCGACUUCCACGAUGCCUACGCCUUCAAGCAGCCCCUGGGCUCACCAGUCUUCGGCCUGAGGAAGGAACCCCUGGCCCUGAGCCCCGGCAAAGAGGGUCUGGUUCUCCCGCCCUCGGCGGCCGCCUUUCUGGAGACGGCCCACGGGGGCGAGGUCCCCGCGGCCGCCCUGACCCUAGCCAAAGCCCAAGAGGAGGCCAAGCCCUUCUGCGUGGGUGGCGCCCUGUCCCUUGUGGACGUCAGCCCGGCCUACACCAAAGACGGCGCCGACGACCCGGAGUCCCCGGACGGCCGACUCCUCCCGAAGCCCAAGCCGUCCAAGCUGGCCAAGAGGAUUGCCAACUCAGCCGGCUACGUCGGGGACCGGUUCAAGUGUGUCACCACCGAACUGUAUGCCGACUCGAGCCAGCUGAGCCGGGAGCAGCGAGCCCUGCAGAUGGAAGGAUUACAAGAGGACAGUAUUUUAUGUCUACCUGCUGCUUACUGUGAGCGUGCAAUGAUGCGCUUCUCAGAGUUGGAGAUGAAAGAGAGGGAAGACAGCCAAGCAGCAACCAAAGACUCAGAAGUCUGCAAAUUCAGCCAGGCAGACUGGGAACUCUUUAAAGGAAAUAAUGAAAAGAAGCCAAAGUCCGUCGCUCUGGAAGAUGCCAUUGCGGACCAAAAUGACAGUGACAGAUGUGAUUUUAACAAUGCAGGAAUCAAGCCAGAUCACCCAGAGGCCCGAGAGGAGAGAGAUCUUCAGGUGGAGAAAUGCCUCACAGAGCGGCCGCCGCUCCUGUACGAAAGGGCCGCAGUGGAGCCGCCGACGGCUGACCUUGCCCAGAGCCCAGGCCAACGGCCGGACAGGAAGCGCAGAGCCUCUGAAGAGAGGCCGGAUGGCAAUCAGCUGGAGAACGUGGAGGACGAGCUGCAGGAUGAUGCCCUGGGCAAGGUGAAGAGGAGGCGGACUUCCAAAGAUGACUGGCCCGAGAGGGAAAUGACAAACAAUUCCUCUCACCACUUAGAAGAGCCACAUUGUAAUGAGGUGACCGACCUGAAGGUGUGCAUUGAAUUAACAGGGCUCCAUCCCAAAAAACAGCGUCACCUGCAGCAUCUUAGGGAAUUGUGGGAGCAGCAGGUGGCACCAGCAGAGAGACCCCCGCCCAGCAAGUUGGGCCGGCAAAGCAGGAAAGAUUUAGCUGAGGCUGUUCAGCCAGAGGUCACUGCAAAGGUUAAAGACUGCACCGAAGAAAAGCCCACCAGGAAAAGGUCAGAGGUCAAAAGCAAUAGAAGCUGGUCUGAAGAGCCCCUCAAAACAAGUGACAAUGAACAAGGCUUGCCCGCGUUCCCGCUGCCUCCUCUCACGAAGACCCUCCCCCCAGCCAAUGCAGGCGGCAAACGGCAGAGCCAGCCGGGCCCCACGCCCGCCUCGAGGCCGCCUGCCAAGCAGCAGAAAAUCAGAGAGAGCCGGAAGACAGAUGUGCCGUGCACGGAUGAGGAGGAUGACUUCCAGCCCGCCUCUCUCCUGCAGAAGUUCGGGGACUGCGAGAAGCCGGCGGGGAAGCGGCAGUGUAAAACCAAACACCUGAUGCUCCAGGAGAGGCGGAGGAAGACGUCCCUCACCGGGGACGACUCGCUGGAGGGCGAGAACCCUGAAGACAAGGUCACGGUGACCAGGCGGUUCAGGAAGCGGCCGGAGCCAGCCUCGGACUGCGACUCCUCCCCGGCCAAAUUGCCGGAGCAGAAGCUGGUGGACCGCCCACCCCCGGUCCCCGGCUUCCUCCCGGCCCCCCAGCCACCCCCAGCUAGCCCCCCCCGGGAGACCACCCCGACUCGCCCCAUGCCACCCGAAGCCCGCAGGCUGAUCGUCAACAAGAACGCCGGAGAGACGCUCCUGCAGAGGGCCGCCCGGCUGGGAUAUGAGGAAGUGGUCUUGUAUUGUUUGGAAAACAAGGUCUGUGAUGUAAAUCACCGUGACAAUGCCGGCUAUUGUGCCCUGCACGAGGCCUGUGCUAGAGGCUGGCUGAACAUCGUGCGCCAUCUCCUUGAAUACGGAGCCGACGUCAACUGUAGCGCACAGGACGGAACCAGGCCUGUCCAUGAUGCCGUAGAAAACGAUCAUCUGGAAAUUGUCCGCUUACUUCUCUCUUAUGGUGCUGAUCCAACACUUGCUACAUACUCAGGAAGAACCAUCGUGAAAAUGACACACAGCGAACUCAUGGAAAUAUUCCUAACAGAAUAUUUAACUGACCUGCAGGGUCGAAGUGGGGAUGACCCUGGCGUCCACUGGGACUUUUACGGCAGCUCUGUGUGCGAUCCGAAAGAUGAAUCUGGAUUCGACGUGUUGGCCAACCCCCCCGGCCCAGGCGACGAUGACGAUGGCGACGAAGCCGACGUCGAUGACGACGACGAAGACGGCUUAAGCGAUGUGUUCGAGUUUGAAUUUUCAGAUGGACCUCUUUUGCCAUGUUAUAAUAUCCAAGUGUCUCUUUCUCAGGGACCCCGAAACUGGCUCCUCCUGUCAGAUGUGGUGAAGAGACUGAAAACGUCGCCCCGGAUAUUCCGCUGCAACUUCCCCAACGUGGAAGUCGUCACCAUUGCGAUGGCGGAGUUUUACAAGCAGACCUCCUUGAGUCAGUUGUUCUCUUGCCCUAAGGAUCUCGAAGUCUUUAACCCGGAAAGUAAAGAACUGUUGGACUUGGUGGAAUUCACGGGUGAGCUCCAGGCUCUGCUGGGGUCUUCGAUAGAAUGGUGGCAUCCCGCCGAAGACCUUCUCUCCGAAAUCCACUGGUGAAACCGUCCCGUUACUUAAUGUACAGCUCAGCGUGAUGUUCAUCUUUUACUUGAUGUAUAUGUGUUAUAUUUCGAUUUGUUUCUGUAAAGAAAGGACACUAUUAAAAUAUGAAAAUAGCUUUCGUUUAUAUAAGAGAACCGAAUUCCAGUCGGAAGGACUCUGGAAGAAUUUUUAAAAGAAAACUUUAAUCGGUUUUUAUGAGAAAUUGUUAUAUAAUGUUUCUUUACUUUUAAAAUGCACACUCGCUUUGGAAUAAGUUUGUUUUUACUUGGAACACUUGUUUUUUGUUUGUGUGUGUGUGUGUGUGUAUGUGUGUGUGUGAGUUUUGUUUUUGUUUUUUAAAGAACCCACACAUUGACUUUGUUUCAUACAAAGCACUGAUGACACAGAACAUAAUUUUUUAUAGGCGAUGUGAUCAAAGUCAUGUGACUUGUUUGGGAGACUGAAUUUGGUAAGGCACUUCAUGAUAUUAUUUUUAUGUUUUGUUUACAGAAUUACCUGCUUUGGCCAGGUAAAUGUUAUUGGAUAUGAUCCAAUAGUUUGUAAAAUAAAUUAAAACCAUAUCCAUACACAGCAACUAAUUGUAUGAACUUUUAUAUCCUAAUUUAAAAGCUGUGAAAUUAGUUUUCACACAUCAGACCGGAUUGUUUAUAUAUGUUUAAACAUUUUAUGCUCUUAUUUAAAGAAGACUUUGAACUAUUUUUUCUGUACCUUGUAAAAUAUUGAAGAACUAACAUAAUAUGUCGAGGUUGCUUGAAAAUGUACAUAAACUAAAAUUUUCUGAAUUGUGUGUUUAUGUUUGAAAUCUGUGUUUUAACUUUGUAAGUAAAUUCUUCUGCCUUUGUAUUUAUAUUUUACAAAAAUUUUCUUAAAAGGCAAUAAAACUGUUGA